AUGUUCAUCUGGAGCAAAGCCCCCGCGAGGGGCUUGGGGAAGGCUACGCAGAAUCUUCCCAGAGGCCAUGACAAGACCAAGCGCCUUGCAACGACGCAACAUGCGCGCCUCUCUACCUCGACCAAAUAUGUCCGCAAAUCCUCAAGCUCUGCCAAAGCGCGCCAGCGCGCCGAACGCGAGCAGUUGACCCGCCUGCUCAAGGAGUCGCCCGGCAAGCGCGAUGCACGCAACUUUCUCAAACAAUUCGACUCGCCCAAGAAGACUAAGCCUGCAAAACCCGCCAUCGCGGCCCAAGCCAAGCAGAUUGCUAGCGAGACCUUGCAUGACGAUUCAGGCUCGCUGCGAACAGGCGUCAAUUUGGGCGACUUGUACAAGCCGUCUGUCUUCACCCGCGAACCACUCCCCGAAGAGCAAUACCAGAUCGAAGAGAAGGAUGAGCCGGUACAUCUGGCGCUGAUCAAACUCCGGAAGCCGCAGGCGCUCAACGACCGCGUGAUUGGCGAUAUAGCACGGACCUUGAGUCAAAUGGCCCAGCUGGGCCUCAAUACAGCAGUGGUAAUAGACUGCGACGACGAGGUCGGCAUCCCCAGUACCGAAUUCGAGUUUGAGCAUGGCAACAUGGUCCGGCAAGAGGCAUUGCGCCUCGUCGCCGCAUUGGAGAACUACAACGAGCCAGGAGCAUUACUGGUGGAAGACGCCUUGGGCUACACGCCGUUCACCAACGAAACACCCAGUACGGCUCAAGUUCGAGGAGACGUAGUGGUGCAACACAAUUACCUGCUCUUCCCUCCCAUCGACGACGGAAUCAUUCCGGUAAUCACGCCAUUUGCAUACGAUGAGAACCUUAAGAAAGUCAGAGUCCAAGCGGAUGAUGUACUGCUUGCGCUGAUUCGCGAGUUUUCUGGCAUCUCUGGACAAGCCGAGGCUAGCGAAUCACAGGCUACAUUGCACAAGACAGCAGAUCUUGCCGAAAAGCCCGUCUUGGACCGUAUCAUUAUCCUCGAUCCGCUUGGUGGUAUACCAUCCGAAAACCGCGCAGACGGUGCUCAUGUUUUUGUCAACCUCGAAGCCGAGUACCAGAAUAUUCAGCAAGAGCUACAGCAGCUGUCACUGACAAGCGCACAGCGCAGCGAUACCUCCAACACUUCAUGGUUGGGUGCCAGCAAUCCCAUUUCUAAAUUCGUCGAGCAUGAGAUCGUUGCACCACCCGGCGCGGCAUCAGAGCCGUGGAGCGGCUCAGCUCCUAUGCGCCAUCUGAAGAACCUCGACGUGUUUCAGCGUGGACUGAAACUACUACCCUCUUCUUCCUCUGGCCUAAUUCUCACUCCACUCGAGGCUGCACGCAAGGCUAUACCAGACGACACGCAGACAACCCCAUCCAAGAAUCCUUUACUCCACAACGUGUUAACCGACAAGCCCAUGACUUCCUCCUCACUCCCCACAUCACCCACCUCUCGGUAUCUGGGCUCGGCAGCACCCAACCCGGCUACUUUCUUCAAGAAAGGCAUUCCACUAACCAUGAUCCCCGAUCCGCGCAUCCACGGCCCAUGGCAGCCGCCCUCAGCCUCCAACCCAAGCAUCGACCUCGCAAACGACGCCCGCAUCAACUUUCCCAAACUCGUCGACCUCAUCAACGACUCGUUUCGCCGCAAAAUUCAUCCAGACAAUUACCUCGACCGCAUCCGCGGCCGCGUCGCAGGCAUCAUCAUAGCAGGCGACUACGAGGGCGGCGCAAUCUGCACAUGGGAGACGCCCAGAUCCCUUUUGCACUGCACCACCACGGCAUCUUCGUCCCCAGACUCACCCUACUGGAUCCCCUACCUGGAUAAAUUCGCCGUCCUGACGUCCUCGCAGGGCUCCGGCGGCGUCUCAGACAUUGUCUGGGCCGCCCUCACACGCACCUGUUUUCCCGCCGGCGUCGUGUGGCGCAGCCGCACCAGCAACCCCGUAAACAAGUGGUACCAGGAGAGGAGCAAGGGCAUGUGGAAUCUGCCCGGCGGCCAGUGGACCAUGUUUUGGACUACGCACCAUGUCGACAAGCCGUGGUCCGAGCCCCAAUGGGGAGAUACACCUGCCGGGGUGCAUGCAGAGGUCAAAAUGCACAUGAAGCGCUGGGAUGCCUAUGUUGAUGUGUGUAGUGGCAUUGAGCCUAGUUGGGCGGAUGGCAUUCAGAGGGCUGAUUAA